UUUUCACAUCCACUUCCUUCUUUCUCAUUCAAGUAGCAGGCUGCUUCUUAUAAAUUGUGAUUACUUUCUUCCUCAUUUCAUCGAAUCCUUCCAAUCGUUCAUCUCUUCAGAUUUUUCCACAACCUUAUUUCUCUCUCCUUAUUGUGUACAACAAGACAAGAAUGCGUUUCUCCGUAGCGAUUUUGAUCUUUGCCUCAUGGCCCAACGCCAUCACAGCGACACCGGUCAAGUGCAAGAACGCCCAGAAAGUUGGCAAGGCAAUUUACACAAUCACCAAUGACGCAUCCAACGCUGUAGUCGCAGUACCAAUUUCUCCUAACGGACUUUUGAGUGGAGGAACUUCAGUCAAGACUGGCGGUGCCGGUUCAAACUUCUUCGACGGCGCAAAUAACGGGCCAGCGGCGCCGGAUGCUCUUGCGUCUCAGUCGGCUCUAACUGUUGCAGGCAAUAACCUGUUCGCUGUCAAUGCAGGGUCCAACACUCUGACCAUGUUUGCAAUUGAUAAGGCCGACCCGACCAAACUCACAAUGGUGGGCAAACCUGUUGCAGUUCCGGCCGAGUUCCCCAACACGGUUGCUGCAUCCAACAAGAACAGAAUUGUCUGCGUCGGAUCAUCCGGUGCCGUGGCGGGCAUUUCUUGUGCCAGUUUUUCUGGAGCUGGCAUCAGUGCCAUGGAUGAGCUCCGCCCCAUCGACUUGAAGCAGACCACUCCGCCAGCUGGGCCAACCAACACGAUUUCCCAAGCAUUCUUCUCCAACGAUGAGAGAACUCUCUUUGCAACCGUUAAAGGAGACCCAACCAAGAACAAUACUGGAUUUCUCGCUUCCUACCAGGUUCAGGCUAAUAAAGGUGCCAAAUCUGUCAGCCAACAAGAUGCGCGCUCGUCGCCCCAAGGUACUGCGGUUCUCUUCGGUUCGUCCACUAUCCCUGGUAGCAAGGACUUGUUCGUCACAGAUGCUUCGUUUGGCGCUGCCGUACUAUCACUCGACGCCAAGAACAAUGCUGCUGUCAAGGGAAAAGGAGCGGUAGACGGCCAGAAAGCGACUUGCUGGGCUACCGUUUCCCCAGCAACAAACACCGCGUUCGUUACAGACGUCGGGACAAAUAGAUUAGUUGAGAUGUCUGUGAAUGAUGCAAGCAUAAAGGGGGUUUUGGAUCUUAGCAAGAACGGAGAUCCUGGAUUGACUGAUCUGAAAGCUGCUGGGAGGUUUGUCUACGCACUAAGCCCUGGCAAUGGCACGACAAAUGCGGCCAUCACCGUGGUUGAUGCAGUUGAAAAAAAGCAGGUUCAGCAUUUUGAUCUCUCAAAGCUGGGAGCGGGAAAGAAUACUCAAGGAAUGGCUGUGAUGCUAUAGACAGCUACUUCAAGGCAAGGGCGGUGUGAUAGAGCCAAGCUCCAUUUUUCUAAAACGGCGAGACUUUGAAUAUGACUUUACUUCUAUG